AUGUUUGAACCAUUCAAUCUGAAAACACAUAAUUCAAAUGUGCCGCCGGUCGCAGAAAUCAAGCCGGGCAAAAAAUGGAUUGUAGUGACAAGUAUCAGCGGACCAACAAACGAUAUUAAGAGGUUGUCGUCGUUCGCCGACUGGAAUCUCGUAGUUGUGGCCGACACAAAAACCCCGACAAACUGGAGUUUGCCCGGGGUCCAUUUUCUUUCGGUCGACUAUCAAAAAACACUGCCAUUUUCCAUAAUAAACUAUCUACCUUAUAAGUCGUAUACUCGAAAAAAUAUUGGCUAUUUGUAUGCAAUUUCGCAUGGCGCUGAAUGGAUUUAUGAUACCGAUGAUGAUAACAAACCAUACGGAAAAGGAUUGGAUCAAUUUGAUUAUACUGAAUCGGUUUCGGGAGUUCGAUUCUUUCCAAAAUACUCGGAUAUUAGACGAAGGCUAUUCAAUCCAUACAGCUUCUUUGGAAUGGUUGAUAUGUGGCCGAGAGGAUUUCCAUUGGAAUCUCUGAAGAGCCACACAAAUGGUGGCGAUCGAAUGACGUUGUGCACGAAAAUGCCGAGAGCUUCUGUUCAACAAGGAUUGGUGCAUCAUGAUCCGGACGUUGAUGCAAUAUAUAGGCUGUUAAAUGCUGAUCCAAAUUCGGGACUCGAUGUUAAAUUCAAUGAAUUCGCACCGCCUAUCACAUUGGCCCCACGAACUUAUUCGCCGUGGAAUUCGCAGAAUACUCUAUUCCAUAAAUCGGCUUUUCACACAUUAUUUCUUCCUACCACAGUAUCGUUUCGAACAACUGAUAUAUGGAGAUCGUAUUUUGCUCAAGCAAUUCUUCAUCUCUCGGGCCUCUCGGUCGCUUUUGUGCCAGUGAAUGCGGUCCAAUUUCGGAAUGCUCAUGACUAUUUGAAAGAUUUCAACGAUGAGCAGCAAGUUUACAAAGAUGCUGGCAAGAUGGUUGACGUCAUUAGUAAAUGGAAUUGCACGAGGGAUAAUAUUGAAGAAUGCAUGGAGGAAUUAGCAGUGAUAUUCGCUGAAAAUGAAUUGUGGAAGUUCGAAGAUGCUCAAUUAAUCAAAUUGUUCAUCAAAGAUCUUAAAAUGUUAAAAUACGAAUUUCCCAAUUUGAGUCAAGAGGAUGAUCAAUUAUUGCCAUCACAAAAUGAAUCAGAUUUUGCGGUUAAUUGCCGACGAAUAAGUUUGAAUUAUGAAGUCAAUUCGGUCAGUAAGCAAUCGUAUAAAUUAGGCAAUUACGAUCAAUUUUUCAGGAACUUACAAGAGCUGAGGCAAAAAUGGCCAAUUUCGGCGAAAUUGAAGAGUGGUGUCGAGAAAGUGGCUAUAAUGGUUGGUUACGGCCAAUUAGUAGUGGCCUAUGAAAAGUGGCUUGGCUCGUGA